AUUCUCUAAGCUCGGUUACGCGCAUUCCUCGGCGCAGGCGCUUGAGAAGCAGCUUGUGAAUGAGCGUAGCGGUGACGUCACUCGGCGAAUGUCAACAAUGUAGCGAUUGAGAGGAGGAGGAGGAGGAGGAGGAGGAGGAGGCGUUUCUCUCUCUGGUGUAACAAACAGAGGAGACGGAGCGGCACGCCGCAUACGAUCCCCACGCACACACACGCACGCACGCACACUCACACACACACACACACACACACGCACGCACACACACGCGCGCGCGCGCGCUGACGUCUGCCGAACAAAACAACGCUCUUAUCAAAUCCAAACUUCCUUUUUGGUCCUUAAAGAAAAGAAACACACAGGAGGCGAAUAUUUUGUUGCUGUUGUUGUUGUUGCUGUUGUUGUUGUUGUUGCACAGCUGAAUCGCAGCAGCGUGCUGGGGCUGGUGCUGGUGCUGGUUCUUCCCUGCAGCCCGGGUGGGCUUUAGGAGAGCGCGAGGAAGUCAUCAUGUGAAAAACAAAACAAAACCAAACAAAACAAAAAACCCACCAGAAGAACAUUUGAUUUGCCAAUCGGACAGAAAAACAGGGCUGGAUCGCGAGGAAACGAAAGUGUGAAGGGUGUGUGCGGUAUGUCCGUGGAUGAGCAGCCGGAGGGCCCGAUGUACGUGUAUGAGUCGACGGUGCACUGCUCCAACCUCCUGCUGGGCCUGAACGAGCAGCGCGAGCGCGGUCUGCUCUGCGAUGUCACCGUGCAGGUGGAGGGCAAGCAGUUCCGCGCCCACCGUGCCGUGCUGGCAGCCUGCAGCGGAUACUUCCUGCAGGGUUUGGUGGCACACGGUGACAACGAGCUCAUCUUCACCAUGCCCGAUGAGGUCACUGCCAGGGGCUUCGCUCCAUUGUUGCAGUUUGCCUACACAGCCAAGUUGCUGCUCAGCCGUGACAACAUCCAGGAAGUGAUACGCUGUGCCGACUUCCUGCGCAUGCACAACCUAGAGGACUCCUGCUUCCGUUUUCUGGAGGCACAACUGCGGAGUGAGGAAGACAGGGCCCUGCUCUGCCAAAAGGUGGUGCCAGAGAGCAACCAUUCAGAAGAUGAGAGCAUGCAAGCUGAGGCAUCGGUCAUGACAACGAAUGCACCAGCGACUUGGGCCGCUUCUCCACGCUCUCGCCGCCAUCCAGAUGCCCUCAAUGCUCUGCGGCGGCCAGACCAUGAGCGGCUGGUAGCCAGCGCUGACUUCCCAGAUGGCCAAGUGGACUCAGAACAGCAGGUCACCUCGGAUCUGCCACGAUGCCCCAAGUACAGGAAGUACCAGUGGGCUUGUAGUAAGCACAACACCAACGAGAGCUCCUCACAUACCAGUAGUACCUCAGGUUUCCCAAGCACAUUGCUCAGCGGGCCAGCUGUGACUCACAUCAAGCAGGAGCCGCAGGAGGGCGAGGACGAGCCCAUCACACUGGGUCUGUCAGGCGAUGAGGACGAUGGCAGGGACAAGGACAACGGCACGGCCAACAUGGAGUUGGAUGGCAAUGGACUGCAUGGUCUCUUCAAGCGCGGCAUCUCAGACUUGGCCAACACUUCCCAGCAGCUUAACGCCAGCAGACUGGCCUGCGCCCAGGUCAAAGCAAGCACUCAGGGAGAGCACAAAAAGGACUACAGGCCUUCACAGGUGCCUGUGGCCUUCCCCAAAGAUGCUGACAGCUUCUCCACAGGACUGUCUCUGAGGCCGGCGUCCUGUGAUGGUGUGUGUAAGCAGGAAACAGAGUUAGACCGGCGCAGCGUCAUCUUUUCGUCAGGAGCCUGUGAGCAGCUGCCCACACCUGCCCAUUCCUACCCAGGCAGCAACUCCCAUGACAAGGAGUUGGCCGACCACCUGCCCAAAGGACUGUUGAUUGGAGGUAGCCAGUCACUGCCCAGCUCACAGAUUUUUUCCCCCGGUGCUGCUUCCGGCGAAGUGCCAACGCUUCUGUGCCGCCAAAGGCCCAACACCAGCUGCCCUGUGCCCAUAAAGGUGUGCCCACGCUCACCACCCUCUGAGACACGCACCCGCACCUCCAGCUCCUGCUCGUCGUAUUCCUAUGCCGAGGAUGGCAGUGGGGGCUCUCCCUGCAGCCUGCCCCAGUUUGAGUUCUCUUCGUCACCCUGCUCCAACAUGACUCGUUGCAUGCCAACUGACCCACAGGAACUGGGCACAGGUACUGACGUGCUGUUUGGCCCAGCAAGGCCAAAAAUCAAGUGCGAGCAGGCAUACGGAACCAACUCAAGCGAUGAGUCUGGAUCCUUCUCUGAAGCAGACAGUGAGUCCUGCCAUGUUCAGGAGCAAGGAUCAGAAAUCAAGCUUCCUUUCCCCGUAGAUCAAAUCACAAAUCUUCCACGCAACGACUUCCAGAUGAUGGUAAAGAUGCACAAGCUGACGUCAGAGCAGCUCGAGUUUAUCCACGACGUGCGCCGACGGAGUAAAAACCGCAUCGCCGCCCAGCGCUGCCGGAAGAGGAAACUCGACUGCAUCCUCAACCUGGAGUGCGAGAUACGCAAACUGGUAUGUGAGAAGGAGAAGCUGCUGACAGAGAGGAAUCAGCUGAAGGCGUGCAUGGGCGAGCUGUGGGAGAAUUUCUCCUGCCUGUCUCAGGAGGUGUGCCGGGACGUCCCACUGAGCCCCGAGCAAGUCCAGUCUCUCCAUCACUACUGCCCCAUCCUACGGCCCACCGCUGACUCCGCCUCCCCAGCCCAUCCGCCAGCGCCGCCUGCCAGCAUCGACCUCACCACCCACUCCGGAGCUGCCACGCCCGAACCUGAAUACGUCAAACCGCCUGCUACAAACGACACGCACCAGGCACCAGCAUCAGCCCAGUGUCACGUAGGGAACGGUGAGGGGGAGGAGACAACGUCCGGCUCCGCCUACCUUGAGGCGGGCCGGUCCUUGGAACAGUCCAAUCAGACGGUGACAGUAGACUUCUGUCAGGAGAUGACCGAUAAAUGUACCACUGACGAACAGCCGAGAAAGGACUGUACCUAGUGACAGUGUUUGUUUGUUUUGUUUGUUUGUUUUUAAUUUUUUUUUAUCUUUUUUAUUUUUUUUGUUAUUUUUUUAUCGUUAUUAUUUAAUUUCGAUACAUCUUCUGACAAACCCCUGGAAGUUCAAGGGGUGUUAAGAUGGUCAGCCUCUGCCAGUGUUCUAUGAAUCUUUUUUGUUUGUUUGUUUGUUUGUUUGUUUGGUUUUAUAUAUUUAUGUCUUUUUUGUGUCUUUUUGUUUUGUCUGUUUUUUUUAACGGUUGACACUACAGUUGUCUUAACAGCAGCAAUACUGUUACUCCAGGUUCUCUCGGGCUCAGCCACGGCUGAAGCGUCUCGCGUAAAAAAAAACGAAAGAAAAAACAAAAAAAAAAAAAAACAACCUCUCUCAAUGGUGCUACACAUUUUUCCCCCGCCACUGACCUCCAUCAGUGCGACGCUGUCUUCUCCGGGUCACAGUCCAGCUCACAGGGGAUCGGCUCCAAACACAUCUCACAUCCAAGCCUCCAUGGACCUAGCAGCAGCUCAAUAUCUCUCUGUCCUUCUCUCUCUAUCUGUCUAUCCUUCCUUCACUUCCUCACAGUAAGAUCAGCAGUGUUAAAUUAGCACCUACAGUGUUACAUUUUUAAAGCCUACACUGUGCAGCUACACCAGAUUGAUUUAACACCAGUGAUUUUUCUGUGGAUUCUCUCUCUCUCUCUCUCUCUGUCUCAGUGGCUAACUCUUUCACUCUCUCACUUUCGAUGCCACGGCAAAUUCAGGAAACUCAGGAAAUAUUCUGAAUGUUCGAUUAUAGUAAUUCAUGAAAAGGAUACAGAUUAUGUACAUGACAGAUUCUCUGUUUUUUUUUUGUUUUGUUUUUUUUUAAACAGCAGCUAGACUGUAAAUGUUCAUAUGCAAAAAAUUGUCUUCUCUGUUACACAUUUGUAGUGUCUCCACAACACUUAGUUUGUACAGUCGGUCCUGUCCAGAAGAAAAAAAAAACAUUCCUCUAUUGCCUUUGACAGCACUGAAAUGGAGGAGGACGAACAACGAGACGAAAAAUGAUCGGAUUUAGACUUUUUGUGACGGUUAAUAUCCCCCUCACAUCAGCAAUACCCUUGUGUUUGGAAAUUUUUUGGUGGUUAUGUACAAAGUGCUUGCUAGGCAGAACGAGUAUUGU